AUGACAUAUAAGUGCAAACUUCUAGAAGAGAAUUCAUUCACAGGGAGAACAGCUGAUUUAUUUUACAUGCUCAUAUCUUGUGUCACUGUUUUGACUGGCAUUGUUCUUGUUGGAUCUUCUGAUAUAUUUGGCGCAUUGAGAAAUUUUUUUGAACUAUGUGGCAUGUGCUUUCCUUGCAAGCCCAACAAGCUUCAGAUUGCACUCCUAUUACGAUUCAUCGUCUCACGUUUUAUAGAUCAAGGAAUGAUAGCUGGUCAUGCUUACUAUUUUCUGGAGGCUGUAUAUCCAUGA